UUGGGCUGGCCCCUGGCGGCUCCCUCCCCGGAACAGCUGCCACCGAGGGAGGAAGCCGCGCGGUCCAGAGCCCUAGUGCUGAAGCCCCCGAGCCCUCGUCAUCCACCACCACCAUGUAAGGGCCAUGAAAAGGGCUCGUCCUGGCGCAGCGCGGACAUGGAGGAGGACUUAUUCCAGCUAAGGCAGCUGCCGGUGGUGAAAUUCCGUCGCACAGGCGAGAGCGCAAGGUCAGAGGACGACACGGCUUCGGGAGAGCAUGAGGUCCAGAUUGAAGGGGUCCGUGCAGGCCUAGAGGCCGUCGAGCUGGAUGAUGGGGCAGCUGUGCCUAAGGAGUUUGCCAAUCCCACUGACGAUACUUUCAUGGUGGAAGAUGCGGUGGAAGCCAUUGGUUUUGGAAAAUUUCAAUGGAAGCUCUCUGUUCUCACCGGCUUGGCUUGGAUGGCCGACGCCAUGGAGAUGAUGAUCCUGAGCAUCCUUGCGCCGCAGCUGCACUGCGAGUGGCGGCUGCCCAGCUGGCAGGUGGCGUUGCUGACCUCGGUGGUCUUUGUCGGCAUGAUGUCCAGUUCUACCCUCUGGGGAAACAUCUCAGACCAGUAUGGCAGGAAAACAGGGCUGAAGAUCAGUGUGCUCUGGACCCUGUACUAUGGCAUCCUCAGUGCUUUCGCGCCCGUGUACAGCUGGAUCCUGGUGCUCCGGGGCCUGGUGGGCUUCGGGAUCGGAGGGGUCCCCCAGUCGGUGACGCUGUAUGCUGAGUUCCUUCCCAUGAAAGCCAGAGCUAAGUGUAUUUUGCUGAUUGAGGUGUUCUGGGCCAUCGGGACAGUGUUCGAGGUUGUCCUGGCUGUGUUUGUGAUGCCCAGCCUGGGCUGGCGUUGGCUGCUCAUCCUCUCGGCUGUCCCACUCCUCCUCUUUGCUGUUCUGUGUUUUUGGCUGCCAGAGAGCGCAAGGUAUGAUGUGCUGUCCGGAAACCAGGAAAAGGCCAUCGCCACCUUAAAGAGGAUAGCCACAGAAAACGGAGCCCCCAUGCCUCUGGGGAAACUCAUCAUCUCCAGACAGGAAGACCGAGGCAAAAUGAGGGACCUCUUCACACCCCAUUUUAGAUGGACAACCUUGCUGCUGUGGUUUAUAUGGUUUUCCAAUGCAUUCUCUUACUAUGGAUUAGUUCUGCUCACCACUGAGCUCUUCCAGGCAGGAGAUGUCUGCAGCAUCUCCAGCCGGAAGAAGGCGGUAGAGGCAAAAUGCAGCCUGGCCUGUGAGUACCUGAGUGAGGAGGAUUACAUGGACCUGCUGUGGACCACCCUGUCUGAGUUCCCAGGUGUCCUUGUGACCCUCUGGAUUAUCGACCGCCUGGGCCGCAAGAAGACCAUGGCCCUGUGCUUCGUCAUCUUCUCCCUCUGCAGCCUCCUGCUGUUCAUCUGUGUUGGAAGAAAUAUGCUCACUCUGUUACUCUUCAUUGCGAGAGCGUUUAUUUCUGGAGGCUUCCAAGCAGCCUAUGUUUACACACCUGAGGUCUACCCCACGGCGACCCGAGCUCUGGGCCUGGGCACCUGCAGCGGCAUGGCAAGGGUGGGUGCGCUCAUCACCCCGUUCAUUGCUCAGGUGAUGCUGGAAUCGUCCGUGUACCUGACGCUGGCGGUUUACAGCGGCUGCUGCCUCCUGGCUGCCCUGGCCUCCUGCUUUUUGCCCAUUGAGACCAAAGGCCGUGGACUGCAGGAGUCCAGCCAUCGGGAGUGGGGCCAGGAGAUGGUCGGCCGAGGGACGCACGGCACAGGUGUCGCUAGGUCGAACUCGGGCUCUCAGGAGUAGUGACUGAUGGGGGGCUGAGCUGGUUUUUGAGGCUGUAGAGAGCGGGGAGCUGCUGGAGCCCGGCUGGGGCACCUAUCGUCACUGCCCACGUCAAGAACUCACCCAAGGGUGCCACCUGGACCAACGAGGUUUUGUGUCUUGACUGUUUUCUCAUAUUUAUCAAGAUCCACCCGGGGCUGGGGAGGCAUCUGCUCUGGGGGGUUCUCCGUAUAUGUGUGUGGGGGGUUGUUAAUAACCUGUGGAUCUGCAUGGGAAAACUGCCACCUCAGCAGUGCCUGGUGACGCCGGUAGCCAGCUGGACACCAUCCAGAGUCAGCCGGUCACAGCCUCGGUGAACAACAACCGAAAGAUCUUUGUAGAUACACUCCAGGCCGGGACCCCUGUGAGACCUGCCACUCACCCGCUGGACCUGUUCUUAGGUUUCUCCUGCAUCCCCGGCCCCAGGCUUUCUUCUUUGAAAUUGCAGGUGACCUGGGUGUGGCCUGAGCAGCUUUUUCUCGGGUCUGAGAAAUGCUCCCAGGGAAGGGGCCCCUCGCUUUGCCUUCCCAGGGCUGAGUAGCGGAGACUCUGGCCGAUGAACAUGCAUUUGAACUUGAGCCGUGUGCCUCCACCCGGCCCCCUCUUGGAGUUGCUGUCUCUGGCUCCGGGGGAUCCAAAUGUGGCCACGAGGACAGCUGGGCUUGCACUAGAUGACAGCCUCAGAAAGCUUUUACCCCCAGGAAUUGGGGAUGGAGGCAAAAGGGAGGUGAGAACCAAGCCCACGACCAAAGCAGGGCCUUCCCCUUCGGAAGCAGCAAAAGUCGCGCCAGGGGGCUUCUUUUCUGGCCCCCUCGUCGGUCAGGCUGAUUGGUGACUCUUGGGGCAAGAAAACAGUUAAGUCAGGUUUCAGUGCUUUGGAGUUUGAGCGCGGUGGGUGGCCAAACGGACCGAGAAGCAGAAAGAUGCUCCCCCCAGCCACCUGCUCCCGUGCGGGCCAGGGGACCAGGAAUCCUUCCUCCCUGGAUUCUCUGCCAUCCCUGCUGUCAAGGGGUGGCUUGGUCUUUCCAUAGAGGCAGCUCCUGGGGUUCCAGCAAUGGACCCCACGGCAUGGAUACCAUGGGUAGGGAGGAACGGGCGGGCCCAGAUGUGUGAAACAUGUACAUUUUCAAAGAAAGAGAAGGGAGGUCAACUGGAUUUGGGGGUUGGCCUCCAGAGGAAGGGCUGAUGCUGUGUCUCAGCAGACAACAUCCACCUCCAGGAUCUGGUUUCCACGAGCCUUUUCCCCGCCAGGAAGGCGGGAACUUAGGGAAGGAGAGAGGAAGAUGCCAGAUCCCAUCAAAGGCCAGAGAAGACUGACCGUCUGCUUGGAGAUAUCUGCUUGAAGUGAACAUUCCGAGGAAGCCAAAUGUGUACGUUCACCUUUAUUAAAACAUGUUGGUGAUGGACGUUGCAA